AUGGGUGGCUAUAGCCAGCGCUCCGUUUCCUUUGACUUUUUUCUCCCCUGCUCUCUGCCCACAGCUGCAAAUGCCCUGAAAGGCCCGAGGCUGGUGUCUGGGGGGCCUGGGGGAGCUGUCGCCAUCCGCUGCCGCUACAGCCCCUUGUCCAUCAACAAGCACGCGAGGAAGUACUGGUGCCGCAUAAGCCCGGUGACACGGGUCUGCCACACCGUCGUGUCCACCACCAACUACACUCGCCUCGGCUACCGCGGCCGCGUGGCCCUAGCAGACUACCCGCAGGGCGGCUUGUUUGUGGUGACGCUGUCCCGGCUGUCCCCGGAAGACGUGGGGCGCUAUCGCUGUGGCAUUGGCAACAGAAACAACAUGUUCUUCUCCAGCAUGAAUCUGACCGUCUCCACAGAUCCUUCCAGCACCAACCCCUUGGCCAGUCUGGCUACAGGUGAGCGCAUCAUGAGAUCCUCUGAAACGGCAUCACCAGCGGCCAACAGACAGACCUCAGGAACCACCCAGACUGUAGAAAGACAGGGGACAGGAUGGGACAGAGUUGCUCUGCCUCCAGGAACCAACAAAACAAGAGCAUCAGCUGAGGGAAGGCAGACCCCAGGGACAACUGUGGCCGUAGCUGUAGGGACAGCCAGCCAGGGAGAGAGUUCUGUCUGGGCAACAACAGUCCCCAUUCCAGAGAGUCUGGCUUCAACCAUCCGAGGCGUGUCCAGAACAACAGAAGGUAUUUGGGUGUGGGACACCAGAGGCUCAGUAGCAAAUACAGGUAGGCCCAGUGAGGAAAGGACCGAGACAGCUACUGAGGCCGAUGGACCACCAGAAGAAACAGACUGGGUCAGAACAGCUCUGGAUUUCACUGGGAAGGUCCCAGGGGCCCGUAGGCCAUCAACUCUGGUCUCAGGAAAAUGGGUGCAGGAAAUCCUGUCAGAAACAGCGACAACUGCUGCUCAGCCACAAGCCCUGGGCUUCAAUGAAGGAAGCACCCCAGCUGCGAGUGUGUGGACCCCGGGACCCAGCAGCAUAGAGAUGGCGUCCAAGCAGGAAGCCACCAAAGGGGACCUAGACAUGCCUGUUGGAGACAGCGAUCCCCAAGCCACACCAAGCCAGGCCCCAGCUGCUGGGUCCGCGAUGCCCAUGGGCAAGAGGUCCUCCAUGAUGAGCGCUUCUCCAGGAGAGAAAAACAUCUCUCGGAUCCUGAUUCCCGUCUCCACGGUGCUGUGCCCCCUGACCCUUGUGGCUUUUGGCCUAUUGCAAAAGAAGCUCAGGACAAAGGAGACGACUCAGGAGACAGAGAGGGCAGCAGCGGUCACCUUGAUUCAGAUGACAUAUCUCCUGGAUCCGAGCCUGCAGCCAGACCAGCUGUCCCACAUGGAAAGGAACAUGCUCCGGGAUGACUGUCCUCCCCAGGUCAGUCUGACUGUCCCAGAGACACGCCCCGGACCCCGAGGAAUGGAAGCAUAA